CUGCGUUUCGCUCUUUUGCUGCGCCUAGUAUGUGACACAACAUGGUGAAUGGUAUACUGGAAAAUCGACAUGAGACCCCUGAGAAGACGCUCCACGAACUGGACCAGCUGAGCUUGGCCUGGGCAGUAAAUAACCGGGCGGUGACAGUCGUGAAGGACGACGUUGCUGUCGUCGUGCCUGACAAACUCGUACGCGGCUUUUGGGUCUCCUCCACCGCAGGCCGGAGCGAGUUCGAAAAACACUCUUUUGAUAUUCUUCAUGAGGCACCCAGCUCAAGAAUUUUGAGAUCACAAGAAAGCGAGGUGGUAGUGACUCUACCUCCGUCAGCGCUGACGAAGCGCCACGUCAGCUUCGUCAUCAUCCAAAACAAAAGCCUCUUUCCAUCACAACCAAACGGCUUUAUCAUCAACAGUCUGGUGAUCAGCGUCAACAUUGAAAAUGUAACUCACUUUCAUGGAGGAGAGGUUAUAGAUAUUCAUUUUCGCCCGAUCGCGACGCCGGGCAGGAACGAGAGUCGGUCGUGCGCAUACUGGCACUUUCUGGAGAACAGCACCGGCUACUGGUCCCAAGAAGGGUGUGACUUCAUCCGCGCGACCGAGGACGGGAUGCUGGACACGUGCAGAUGCAACCACUUGACACAUUUCGCCGCAAUCCUAGUGCCGAAAACGGUGUUUUCCGAAGCGAACGAGAGGGCUUUAGAAAUAUUAACAAUAGCCGGCUGUAGUCUCUCCUUUAUGGGACUCAUUAUAGUCGGCGCUACCGCCCUACUCUUUAGAUCUUGGCGCCAGGAGUUCAGGAACAAAAUAUGGCUUCAAAUGUGUAUGGCGAUUUUAAUUUUAGUCGUGACUUUCUUGGUGGUUAUAUUCGUGCACUACGAUCGCUACCGCGUGAAGUGUCUGCUGCUCGGAGUGACGCUACACUACGCCGUGCUGGCGUCCUUCUGCUGGAUGCUGGUGGCAGCAGUGCUGGCGUACCGACAACUCACUCUGGUGUUCACUCGGGACGUCCCCCACAAGCUGCUCAGAGCCGCGGUGUUCGCGUGGGGCGCACCCGGCGUCAUUUGCUUGGUGCUCUUGUCUGUCUCCCCGGAAUCGUACGCAGGACGGUUCCAGGAGAUGACGCCCGGCGGAAAUUUCUGCUACCCCACGGGUUUGAGUCUCUGGCUUGCCGUGUACGCGCCUAUAUCGUGCAUUCUUGUAACAAAUUGGACACUAUUUGCGUUGAUACUCCGCUCCGUGUUCUGCUCGAAGAAGAUCCGGAGGUACGGCAUGGGCGACGAGGCACUGCAGAGCGUUUCCGUGAGUUUCACGCUGGGGUUCCUGUUCGGGUUGCCGUGGGUCUUCGGCUUAUUCGCGAGUAACGUGGUCGCGGCGUAUCUUUUCACGUUGACAGCAACGUUCCAAGGAUUUGUUUUGUUCGCAUUAUUAGUGAUCGGGAAUAAGAGGACGAGAGAGCUGUGGGCAAACAAGAUGUUCAAGAAGCGUAAUAAGCCGAUGACGCUUGUUACUGACAGUGACCGCAGCGCAGACGCCGCGAACCGAAGUGACCGCAGCGCAGACGCCGCGAACCGAAACGGUAGAGGCACGCCGGCUCCCAUACUUUUACCGGAUACUUUUAACGGAUACUUAGAAUUUAAUUAA